UCUGCAGUCUGGUCUGCAGUCUGCUCCUCCCCUUUCCUGGCAUGUGUCCAUAGUGCGCUCCUGCUCUGCAGUCUGGUCUGCAGUCCAGUCCUAUCUGCUGUAGUAUGUCCGCAGUCUCUGGUCACCCCACUGUGUCCACAGUCUCUUGUCAUCUCCUGUACUGUGUCCGCAGUCUGUGGUCAUCCCCUGUACUGUGUCCGCAGUCUGUGGUCAUCUCCUGUACUGUGUCCGCAGUCUGUGGUCAUCUCCUGUACUGUGUCCGCAGUCUGUGGUCAUCUCCUGUACUGUGUCCGCAGUCUCUGGUCAUCUCCCCUGUACUAUGUCCGCAGUCUCUGGUCAUCUCCUGUACUGUGUCCGCAGUCUCUGGUCAUCUCCUGUACUGUGUCCGCAGUCUCUGGUCAUCCCCUGUAGUAUGUCCGCAGUCUCUGGUCAUCUCCUGUACUGUGUCCGCAGUCUCAGGUCAUCUCCUGUACUGUGUCCGCAGUCUCUGGUCAUCUCCUGUACUGUGUCCGCAGUCUCUGGUCAUCCCCUGUAGUAUGUCCGCAGUCUCUGGUCAUCCCUGUAGUAUGUCCGCAGUCUCUGGUCAUCUCCUGUACUGUGUCCGCAGUCUCAGGUCAUCUCCUGUACUGUGUCCGCAGUCUCAGGUCAUCUCCUGUACUGUGUCCGCAGUCUCUGGUCAUCUCCUG